UAGAAAGGGAAGAAUCGAGAAAGAGAAAGAAAGAGAGAGACAGAAAGAGAGAUAGAAAGAGAGAGAGAGAUUGGGGGGAUGACUAACUGACUGGGAGGCUGGCAGGGUAAAGGGGAGUAAGGAUUCUGUGCGCGGGCGCAAAACUGGCGCAAACUCUUCGUGCAGCAUCCCUCGUCAGUUGCAAGUCAGGAACUAUCGCGUUCGCGCUGCGCCCUCCUCUCGUUCUUGUCCGUAAUCGCAUCGUGCUAAUCGUGAUCGUUCUUCUUACUUUAAGUGUUUAUUCGUGUUAAUGUCGCCCCGUCGAUUUUAUCGGUCAAAAUUGCAUAUUCCAACAAAGUGAUAAUCUAAUUUACGGGAUCAUACGUUCUUAUAGAUCUUACGAACAUCGAGAAGUGAUCGUUAAAAAAUCGGUGAGACGAGUUAAAAAAAAGAAAAACAACAACAAAAAAGAACAAAGAAAAAGAAAAAAAAAAGAUAAGAAAAGGAAAGGAAAGAGAAGAAAAUCGAUCGAAGCAUCAUCGAUCGUCGGGUCAUCUCGAUGACAACCGGUGGCGCGAAGGGCGCCGAUUGACGCGACAGGGUGAACGGUGACUCGGUGAACAUUGAAGAUAAAGAAAGGAAGUGAAAGAGAAGACUCGGGAGACCGAUCGAGAGUAAACAUAGAAGAUUUAUUUCUCGGCAGGAUGGAUAAAGACUCGACUAGAAGGAAAUGCGGGAAAGUGCGACGUACACUGUUACAUCUGCUGCUGAUAGUGGGGGGUGUUACGGGCUUAAAGGAUUUAACGAUCAACGUCCCAGCAAUGGUAAGAUCUGGUGACACCGUCAUACUGACUUGCACGUACGACCUAGAGGGUUCAUCGUUGUACAGCAUUCAAUGGAGCUUAGAAGAGGUAGAAUUCUAUCGUUACGUGACCGAACGAAUGCCACCCCAAAGCGCGUACAACGUGAGUGGAAUACAUGUAAAUGUCACCGCAUCUGAUACAACUAGUGUCACCCUGGUCGACGUGUCCAGAAAUCUGACCGGGACGUACAAGUGCGAAGUAUCAGCCGGUGUGCCAUCUUAUCACACGUUGAUCGAAAGAGCGAAAAUGAUGGUCGUAGACGCCCCAAAAACGGAUCCGACUAUCGGCAGUGAAAAGGAGCGCAUAGCAGUUGGAGAGAUGCUCAGAGCGAAUUGCACCUCCGGUGCAUCCCGUCCAGCCUCUGCCAUUACGUGGAUGCUCAACGGAGACCAUAUUACAAACAACAGCUCACAAUUUUGGAUACAACCCUACUUGAUCUCACUGGAGGAUGACACCGUAAAGACGAAAUCGCUUAUAGAAUUUAAAAUCACCAAUGACAUGUUUCGAAACGAUCGGCUGCAUCUGCGCUGCAUAGCCUUCAUUUCCGAUGUAUAUCGAAAAUCCGCUGACAUGGAAAUCUCUAUCGACGAACCGCUUCUUGCCUCUAUCACCGGUGAUGCACCUGCACGCAGUCACACAGAAUCAAGUGCAAGCGUCGUAAUGAAUCAAGAACUUUGGUACUCAGCAACGAUGACUUCGAUAGCUUUGGCUACAGCGAUACUGGCGGUGACCGAAGCCUUGACAAGCGGACGACUUACGAACGCUGUACUCGGUACAAGGUAGCUUGUCCGCGACAUUAACGAGAACAUCACUGCCACUGUCUGAUCCGAAUACAUCGUCCAUGUAAAACCUAGUAGUCUAGGGCUUCCAGUUAUGUAUGUUACUAUGUAUUGAAGUAGAUAGUCGAAUAAUGAUGAUUUUUAUUGAAAACGAAUGAGAUGGAAUAAGGUGAAACGAACAAAAACGAAAAAGGAAAUAAACUAAAAUAGCCUGACGACGACGAUAAAAAGACGGUGACACGUCGCGUUAAGAAAAAGACCCCAUUGUAAAAUCGACGACGACCUAUUAUUAUACAUAAUGCAGUUACUUUUGAACAUGUUAUCUUUUUGAUGUAAAUUGUUGAUUAAGAAGAGUCAAAGAAAUGUGAAGGAAGAAGAUUCGUUCGUUGAAGUGAAAUAAGUAUAUAAAAACGAACGAAAAAUUGGUGCCCGGUUAAAUGGAGGGAGAAGGAAUGUUGUGCGUCGGGGUGACUACGAGUUCUGGCGAGAGAGGAAAAUGUUGGACAAUCAGGAACUAUUUUCGAUUUCCUCUCCCACUUACGUCGAAAUAUGUAUGUCUAACUACUGCCUCUCCGCGAGACACGAGUUGUUCUCUCAGAUUUUCUCUUCUACGAUUAAGGAUACGCCAAUGUUCAGCGACGAUGAAAAAAUAAUAAUAAUAAUAAUAACAAUUUAAAAAAAAAAAAAAAAAAGAAAAAAAAUAAGGAAAAAAAACGAAAAAAAAAAAGAAAAACAAAAAAUAAGGGUAGAUUAUAAAAUUGAGAUAAUCCUCGUAACGAUCGGUAUAUUAUAACGUUAGCGCAGCUACGGCGAGCGGCAACGUUUGGCUCGAUAUCCGCUCCUUUUAAGACGCCUAACAGUGAAUGCGAAGAAAGAAACGAUAGGUACUGGUUUGUAAUCUGUACAAAUUGUAAUAAAUUACAGUACGAACAAUA